AUGGGGCUGCUGGCUGCGGUGCUGCUGGCUGCUCUCCUGCCGGGGUUCUCUGCCCCCCAGAUGCUGUGGCCGGAUGAACCCUCUCACAUCUGCUCCUUCCAGAGCCUCAGCGGCAAGGACAGCGAGUUCUGCAGAGGCAACUUAGAAGUCAUCUACCCAGAGCUGGGCGAUGUGGGCUGCACCUACAUCCCCACUUGCCACCAGUCCCGUUGGCGCAUCAGCAGGGAGUGGGGCAGCCCCCAGGUCCUCUACCCUCAGGCCAAAAAG